AUGAAACUUGAGCAACAGCAUUCGAAUAUCCAAUCAAAAAAAGUUGUCCCUGAACUGUCUCAAAUGUCACCCAGUGAUAACGAAGCUGUUCCGUCUUCUAAUCUUAGCUUCAGCUCAGAACUUCAAACACGCAACAGCGAUUUAAGGGAUAACAUUAACCAUAUAAGGGUCAGCAUCGUGGCAAUGCUCCUAAUGGAGUAA